AUGUCCUCCUACCAUCAGCGGUCCACUUCGCAGACAGGCGGCCCUGAAAAGACGUACUUUGAGCAGCAGCGCGAGGUUCUCAUUGGGGAGAUUGCCAUGAGCUUCGAGCAUGUCCUCGCCAACAUCAACAAGCUGAACCGCUCUCUCGAGGCUGUCACUGCGGUUGGCAACGAGUUCUCCUCCGUCGAAGCCCUCUGGUCGCAGUUCGAAAACGUCAUGGCCAAGGAGCCGGCUGAAGACAACGGCAGCAAGAGCGGCAGCAAACCCGCCAACGAGAGCCCCAGCCGACGAGACGACGAGACGAACGGCGAGGACGACCAAUAA